UGGAUCCUGAUUAUCUGUUCGCUCGUCCUUUGGCGUGCCGUAAAAAUAAAUGAAAACUUUUUUGUUUUUUUCGCCCCCCCGCGUGCAGUUUGUCUUUAUUUGUUUGUAUCUGGACGCCAACUAGCGGAAACCGGUUUACAGCGCGAGGACAUUUGCGUGGCUGUGCUGUAAUGUUUUGAGCAGUCAGCGCAGUGUUGUUAUUGCAGUGGAUUAGUGAGUUGUCAUGAUCCUGCGUGUUUUUUUUUUUUUUUGACACAGCCGAGGCGUGUUUGAAAGAGCAACAAGCUCCUCUGCGGCUGCUAUGUGGAAUCAGCUAGAAGAUCCACCACACUGCUCUGUUCUCACUCCAUGGAAAUGGCUUCAGUGUCUUUUUAAAUAACUAUAGGUUACAUUUGCCACUGCGCGGUUGUUAUUGUGUUUUUAAGAUUAGCUGAUUUUUGGUGUAUAUUAGCGUAGAAUAAAAACAUGGGAACUCAGGUGACGGGGAGGAAAAGAAUCCCGAAUCGGGAGAAGGUGUCGGCGGAGGAUGAUGCUCUGAGCCAGAUAGCUCGAGAGGCAGAGGCGAGACUGGCGGCCAAACGGGCGGCCCGGGCAGAAGCUAGAGAGAUCCGUUUAAAAGAACUGGAGAGGCAGCAGAAAGAGAUUUAUCAAGCUCAAAGGAAAUAUUAUGGGCUGGACAGCAAAUGGGGCCAUAUUGAGCAGUGGAUGAUUUCAGAUGACGAGGAGCGGAUGUCUGUUGGAAGUCGGGGCAGUUUGAGGCCUACGGACUAUGGGGGGUUUUUGGGCUCCGGUUCCAGAGCCUCAUCACGGGCCAGUUCAGCUCGUGCCAGCCCAGUGGUGGAAGAGAGGUCAGAUUUCCUGGAAAAGGGGUCAAGGACGGCAUCUACUCUCUCUGCUGCCACUUUGGCGUCACUAGGUGGGGGCUUUUCUCGGAGAGGCAGCUGUGAUACCUCCAUAUCGGUCGACACAGAGGCCUCCAUGCGAGAGAUGAAGGACUCUCUGUUUGAGGCUGAGGAGAAAUAUCGGAAGGCUAUGGUGUCCAAUGCUCAGCUGGACAAUGACAAGUCCAACCUGAUGUAUCAGGUGGACACACUGCGAGACACACUGAUGGAGCUGGAAGAGCUGCUUUAUGAGACACGCAGGGAGUGUGAAGAGAAAACAAAGGAAUGUGAUCGAGAGCGGCACGCUCACAGUGUCCUGCAGUUCCAAUUUAAUGAGAUGAAGGAGACAUUAAAACAGAGCGAGGAAUUAUUAAAGGAUGCACAACAGUUGCGCUCAAAGCAAGAGAGCUAUGUUAGAGAGAUCUCUGAUCUACAGGAAACUCUGGAAUGGAAGGAGAAAAAAAUCGCGGCCUUAGAAAGGCAGAAGGAAUAUUCAGACAUGAUCCAAGAUGAACGUGAUGCACUGAGGGAUGAGGUUUUCCGGCUAAGGGAUGCUCUAAAGAAACAUGGCAUAUCCCUUGGAUCUGAGGUGACAAAUGGUGAGACAGGAAGCAACAUGACUAAUGGACCUGAACACGUAGAAUCAGCUCAAGAUACACCAGCUAUGAGUACUGACAGCAUUUUAGAGAUCCGAUUGAGGAAGCUGGUUGAUGAGAGGGAGAGUUUGCUUGAACAGGUAAGGAAGCUGAAAGCAGUUGUGGAACAAAAGCAGAGAAAUGGCACAAAUGAAGCAGUAAGUCCACAUGAAGCUGACCUCCAGAACAGCCUAGACUCGCAUAUCAUCGACUUGCAGAGAGAUGCCAAUAGGCAAAUCAGCGACUUAAAAUUUAAGCUGGUGAAGUCCGAGCAGGAGGUUGCAGCUCUCGAACAAAAUAUCAUUCGUCUGGAAGGGCAGGUGACACGCUAUAAAACGGCCUCCGAAGCAGCUGAGAAAGUGGAGGACGAACUGAAAGUGGAGAAACGUAAAUUGCACAGAGAGCUGAGAUCUGCUCUGGACCGUAUUGAUGAAUUGGAGGCCAGCAAUUGCCACCUGUCCAAAAGAGUGGAGAAGAUGAAGGCCAACCGGAAUGCGAUGCUUGCCCAGCAGUGACGUCUGCUCAAGCUUCACUGACAAUCUGGAAACCACGUUCAUUGGCAUCAGUAGCACUGGCACCUGUUAUCCACAUUUCAAGCUGCAAACCAACCAGAAUUUGUCCACAUACAUCACAUGUGACGCUGAAUUACUCCGUCUAUGAGCCAUGCAAAAUCACUCUGACAAGGGAAAGUGAUGGCUGCCUUCUGACCUGAGGAGAUCUUCUGACUUCAGUGUAUGAAUAUAAAUUCAGGAAAGGAUAUCAUCUGACAUUCUGAUGAACAAAAAAGGAAUUUUCAAGCAAAAAGGAUGAUCAUUUGGACAUUUUUUUUUCUCUCUUUUAAAUUUUACUGGAGUGUGACUUCUGGCUGUUAGUGUCCCCAGUGUUCACCAGAGUGGUUUCAUCAUUAUUUGGACAGGAGUUCAGCAUGUCAGAUUUUGGCUCCACCUAGUGGAUUUUGCACUUUAUCACAAAUGCUGCCAUCUGGUGGUGUCGAAUCCAUUCUGAGGCAAGGAGGAUUGAAACAGGUCCACAGAUAUUUGAGUUCUCAGUGAGGCCAAUUAGAGUUACCUAGAUUAACCCUCAUUCUGUUGAGGGUAUACACUCAGAAAAAAAAUGCUGAUAGGAUUCUUGUGGAUGGUUCAAUCUUCUAACUAUCUAAAGAUAUAGCAACUUUUCUGAAAGGGAAACCGACUGUUGUAGGGUUGUAUGUAGAACCUUUAAGGGUUACCCAGAGGGACAAGCCCACCAUUAGCAAUUGAUUUUCUAUUUACCCUCUUUUGAAUUUAGGGAAAUGUAUUUGUAAAAUAUUUCCAACACCCAAUCUACACUUUGACAACUUUAUUAGGAACACCUGUACUACACCUCCUUGUUCAUGCUAUUAUUGAACUAGGCAAUCAUGUGGCAGCAGCUCAGUAUAUCAAAUCGCAGAAACUUGACAGUUGAAGAUUGAAAAAAGACCAGGUGAUGUUUUUCCAGUCUUCAACUGUCCAGUUUCAGUGAACCUGAGCCCACUGUAGCCUCUGAAUCCUGUUCUUGGAUGACAGCAGUAGAAUGUUGUGGUCUUCUGCUGUUGUAGCUCAUCCACCUCAAUGUGUGACAGUUUGUGUUCUAAGAUGCUUUUCUGCUUACCAUGGUUGUAAAGAGUGGUUGUUUGGGUUACUGUAGACUUCAUGGAAGUUUGAAUAAGUCUGGACACCUCAGAGUUUUCUCAAUAAGGCGUUUCUACCUGCAGAAGUGCUGCUCACUGGAUGUUUGUUUUCCGCACCAUUAUGUGUACGCUUCAGAGAUGUGUGCGCGAAAUUCCCAUGAGAUCAGCAUUUUCUGAAAUACUCAAACCAGUCCAUCUGGCACAAACAGCCAUGCCACGAGUAGUCACUAAAAUCACAUUUUUCCCCAUUCUGAUAUUUGAUGUGAACAUUAACUAAAGCUUUCGACCUGUGUGUGCAUGAUUUUAUGCAUUUGUGCUGCUGCCACAUGAAUGAUUGGAUAAAUUUAUGAAUGUGCAGGUGUAUAGGUGUUCCUAGUAAAGUGAACAGUGACUGUAUCUCAGGUUCAUUUCAGUUUAUAGUUGUAUUUAAAAUAUUUAUAGAAAUGGGUGCACAGAAGCCCAUCACAGGGUUGGAGGUCCUCUUGAAUAAGAGAUGGAAGAAUGAAAAUGAAGUAAUUUUACUCAUUUCUUAUUUACAUUAUUGAACAUAAUCUCUCCAUUUUAAAUUUUUUUUUGUCAAAAUAAGUGUUCAGUUAUUUUAACAUAUUGCAACGAAGCACAAAGUUGAACGUUUUUAGUUAAACAGAAUAUUAGGGUUAAUCACAGGCUGUUCCACAGAACUUGCUGCUGGAUUCAGACAUAUUGGGUUUUCUCGAAGUAAGGAGGAGAUACUGAGCACUAUACUGAACAUCACCAGCAUCUCCUCUCAGGAGGUGCAGGAAUUUACAGCAUAUGACUUUCAACUUUCCAGUUCGAAUUGGUGUAUGGGUGUGUUGGUCAAUGUGGCUUUAAGGCCGGUCUCUUCAUAUAUUGAUGCACAAGUGAGUUGUGUGUGUUUGUUUUGUGCCCCCUCAACACAGUACACAUUACCUAUGAUGCACUUACUGGUGUGUAAAUGAUAAACAGCGUCUGGUUGACAAAGACUGAGUCCACUACCAAGAAUUUUUUUUUUUUUUAUCAGUUAGUGUAAUUCUGUUCAGCAAUAUUUCUCAAAUAUUUUAGGGAAGUGACAUGGACUGGCAUCCCAUGCUGAGGGUGUUCCUUGGAUAAUGAUUUGGACAAAAUCAGUAUCUUGCAGUUUGUUUGCUCAUUUAUUCACUCAUUUAUUCAGUAUCUACUUUGCUGCUCACAGUUAUGGUGCAGUUGACUUGCAAUAUAUUAAGCCAAACAAGCAGCUCUGUGAUGUGACAUGAUGUAUUGCACCAUGAUUUAUCUGCACAAACAGAAAACUUGGCUCAAAGCAGUGGGUGCUGAUGUACAUAUAGUAGGCCUCUCUGGGAUUGCUAUUUCCCAGUUUGAUACUGCAAUAAUAAAUAAAUUGUAUAUUUUGCACUUCUAAUUAAAUGUGUUUUUAAAAUAUAAAACAAAUGGAAUAUUUAAAUAUAAUCACACAUUUCUACAUGAA